AUGUACUGGGUCUAUAUUGUUUCAAAGGACCAAAGGAAAAACGAGGAGGAGCUUAGUAGAUUUCGCAAAGCAGCUUCCGAAAUUGCUAUUCCCCCCAGAGAACUCGGUGUCUAUGAAAUCAAAAGUGAGCAUCUGGGGACGUGGGCGUUUUUUAUCGAUGGGCUCGGUUACCGUGACCCCGAUGAUAGUGGUAAUGAUAAUAACGACGACGACGACGACGACGAUAACCCGCCACGAGAGGACGAAUUUGAGUUAAAAGGCAAACUUAUGGAGUCUUUCCCUAAUUUGAUAUCGACCUUUCGUUACGUACAUUCUUAUGAACAUUUUGCUGGCGCCCAGCCAGCAGGUUAUAAUGACGGUGAACCAUUGCGAGAGAUACCCCUAUCAGGACGUCUAAACGUCGAACAACGGGCGAAGCGUCGGUGGGUUGAUGCACCUAACAAGAAGGAUCGUUUAAACCGCAGAUCACCCAGCGAUGACCUCCAAGUAAUUGAUUUACUUGACGACAGCGAUGAUGAGAUGGUGGACCCAGAGUCAGAAUCUGUGCCAUUCUUGACAGCCUCUAAAACCAAGUUUUACGAAAUGAUGAUGGCGUCGCAGCCGCCGGGGGUAAGCUUACCGGAAAUGCGUGGCUUCGAGUUCGAACCCUCGUAUCCUGGAGCAGGUGUAAGGGUAUACGUGGUUGACACUGGCUGCGAUCCUUCCCACGAGAAAGACGAAUUACUCAACAGGGGCUCAACUUCCUGGAUUUACUCAGGCCCUUUCCCUGAUGACGAGAAGAACGAUAACGACUUUCCCAAUUUUGUGGGAAAUAUUCCCGAGGAGCUUGCUGGCGGUCAUCUUUGGGGAUACCAUGGAACAGCGGUAGCCAGUAAAAUCGUCGGGCGGGGCUAUGGGCUCGCUCCUUUCGCAGACUUGGUUGUCGUUAAGGUCCAAAACGGUCGGAAUUCAGUUAACCCGUAUUUAUCGAUAUUGGACACUUUAAUUAAAAUUUACGACGAUGUAAAGAGGUCUAUCGCUCGAAAUGACGACGGUGCAAUUUUAGGGGCAGUCAUCAAUUUAAGUGUUAGCAAUAAUCUGUCGGAUCUUGAUGAUAAGGAAAGGAAAUGGGCAGACUCGAUCAUGGAGCUCUAUCUCGAGAUCCUCAGGCAUUUCGAAGACAUCGAACCCAAGGUGUAUAUAACCAUCUUAGGUGGGAAUGAUGACAUCGAUACACCAACUCCACUAUCCGAGUACCCUCGAAACCAAAUAAUUAAGGAACGUGUUAGAAACCCCGGUGCAUUCAAGCAAUGCCUCAUCGUGGGCGGUGUUGAUAAGAACGGGGCGAUUCUUUACCACGGUAACAACAUCGACUUUUAUGGUCCGGCUAAAGACUUAGCCGUUGCUCUUCCUCCUAUCGACCCGAAACGGCCACAUCUACUCGAUGGAAUCCAACUUACAUCCUCAGGAACAUCACUCUCGGCACCAUUCGUUGCCGGUCUUCUUGCUAGGACGAUUGGUUUAAAUGUGAAGGAAAUAGAUCCCUUGGAGCAGAUGAGGCAAUGGGCCUAUCCCCGAAAGAGAAAUGGCCCCGAUAUAGUUUGGAACGGCAUCCCAAAGGAAGUUUGGGGACAGGCAGAUGGAUGGGAGCCUGAAAAUAGAAAGCGACCUCGACCGCCCGAUGAAGAUGCCUGA